ACACUCCGAGAGGAGGUAGAUUAGCGAUACUAUGGAUAAUGCAGGAUUUCUUUGUUUCAGACUAUAACUGUAUGCUACAGUAUUCGCGUUCCAGCAACGUAGUCUUAAAUCAACCCACAACAAGUUACACUGGUUUUGACUCGUCAUUCGCAAAUGUACAUGUAGGAAUGAUACAAGACGAUACUUUAAACACAGACAACAAACACGAUCCAUGCAAAAAUUAACCACUGGAAUUUAUGAUUUCGGAAGAGCUGGUACACUCGUGAUAUAAGAAGCCGUACUUUCCACCCAACGAAUAUAUUUCAUGCAUUACGUCCGGAGGCAGGAGUUUUAGUCCUAGUCUUCGGCAUGACGAACAUGCCUGAACUAGUGACGACAGGAGCCAAUGCAGUUAACGGCACCGCAUUCAUCGAAGUCGAUCUCAAAUGGAUAAUGGUAGUUUCUGUGGUUCUAAGCUUUAUUGGAAAUUGCAUCAACAUUGCUGUCAUCCCCCAACUCCAUGAGAUCUCGGCAUCGAGCAGAGUCCUCUUUCUCAGUCGGUCCGCCUUUGAGUUGGUGGUUUCCGUUCUCUACGCACCGAGCAUCCACCCAGCCUUUGUCGGACAGUGGGUCUACAGCGAUUGGUCGUGUAAGCUGGUCGGAUUUCUUUUAGUUUACUCGUUCGGUAUGAUCGAAGUCAUCGUUGUUUUGAUCACUGCAGACCGAUUUUUCAUCAUCUACAAGCCACUUUCCUACCCACUGCGGGCAACGCAGUCACUGGCAGUCAUAACCAUCGCAGCGGUUAGCAUUUUCUUUUGCCUCUGUCAGAUCGCUCUAUACCAGACAGCUGGGAAUUCUUGGGAUAUCAUUCGAUUUAGGGAAUAUGGAAUAUGCAUGGUGGACUAUUCAGAACCGUACUUCGCACCUUACACGAUCGCCGCGAUGCUCUUUAUCUUUUGCUCAACGGUCGUUAUUGUUUUCGUAUACGUGAAAAUGACCUGCACGGUACGAAAGCACGUCCGAAGGAUCGGCAUCCAAAACCAGGCGAUGGGUCAACCGCAUCGCAUCAGAGAAGGAACCGCGUUAGUUCGGUCAACCGCGGUAUCAUGCCUCACAGCCGGUCUUUUUAUGAUAUCCUGGGUGCCAUAUUCCAUCUGCGAGGUGAUCCCCGCUGUUGGCGGUAAACCGGUGUCGAAGUUUACCUUGACCGUGACCGCGCGGUUGACGUUGUGUAAUACAUGGUUCAAUAUAUUCAUCUACUCUUUUCUGAACCAGGAAUUUAGGAAGAUUUUGAUGAAAGCCGUGAUGAAGGUGAAAGAUCGUGUGAUAGAGCAAGUUUCGACGUCAUCUGUGGGACUGGGAGAUGUUUAAUAUUUUUACCUAAGACUGAACCUCAAGUGCAAUCUGCUAUGUACAUACUAUCACACUAAGGGUGAUAUAUCUAAGUAUGGUCUUAUUGCUGCAAAUUGGAAUACCAUAUUUUUUUUCAUUUCAGUGAUGCUAACUGGAGCUACACUAGAGUCCCGUUUCAUAAAGACUUGUUAUAAAGACACAUACAAGAUUUCUAUAACAAGUUUACUAUCAGUCAAUCAGCGUGAAUGAUAUCAGUAGCUUUCAGCUGUUAUUGCUUAUUUGUUAUUAUAACAAGUUUUAUGAAACGGACCCCAGGGCCCUGCAUGGAAACGAUUUUUUCUUAUUAGGGGGUGCUGGUUUG